UCUAACGAACACCCGAAUGAUUGGUAGACAGGUUACCACUGUGUUUCCCAGGUUGCACCACCUACAUGAGGUGACCACAGGAUUAGUGGAAUUAUUGAGCCCUGAUUAGUUAUCUGGUACAUACAAGAUGCCACAAGAGAAACACACGUAUGGACACUGACAUCCUACUGUGGGGACUGAGGAGAAGAUGGUUGCCGCUGUGCUCACCUUGUUCUGUUUCACCACAACUGAACAUGUUCAACCUGAUAACCAACUGCUGCAGCUGGGUCUCCAAGUUCCAGCAACCCAUCAGGAAAGUCAAUGUACUCGUGGUCGGUCUUGAUAAAGCAGGAAAAACAUCCACUGUCAGGGGGAUGUUAAGAGUGCCCCCGGUGGAUGUGGGUCCAACACAUGGGUGUGUCCGCACGGAGCUGAGAGUGGAGAACUUCCUGGUCACCCUGCUGGACAUCAGUGGGGCCCCGGAGUUGCGGGGGUCCUGGAGGGAUCUCUAUGGGGAGGUCCAUGGGUUCAUCUUUGUGGUGGACUCCAGUGACCGGCAGAGGAUUAAAGAGGUCAAGGAACUUCUGACGGACCUGCUGAAGCAGCCUAGAGUGGCGGGAAAACCACUACUGGUGCUGGCCAACAAGCAAGACAAGAUGAAUGCCCUGCUGGGAAGUGAGAUAAUUGAGCUCCUGUCUCUGGAGAGAUUGGUGAACCAGAGCCGUUCUCUGUGCCACAUUGAGCCUUGCUCAGCCUUAAUAGACCUGCGGAGGUGGACAGACAGGAAGACGCUGCGGGGUCUUCGCUGGCUUCUGCGUGCUGUCAAUCUGGAUUACCCAGAACUCUGUUCUCGCAUAAUCAGGGACAUCAGGGACAGGAGACCUCUAGCACCAGACGAGAGGGACAGGCGUGGGAAGAUGGAGAGGAGCCGCAAGCCCAAAGAGGAAAGAAUCCGUGCCAGCAAAAAUGACCUUCGUAAAGUACAAAGCCCUCAUGAAAGGGACCUAAGACCCAAGACCCCCUCGCUACAACCCAUUCGAAACAUCUUGAAAAAGGAGAGCACUCUGAAAAAGAGGCUUAAUAAAAAGAAGAAACAACAGGUGAAGAUUAAGGACACAGGAGAGAAAAGCGAAGGAGAGAAUGCGGAGGAGGAGGAAGGUAGCACAGAGGCAGACCCAGAACACAGUGUGCAGAAAGAGAAGGCCAACAGUCCCCUAAUACCUCCGAAACGAAGGAAGCUGAAACGUAAAGCCAAAGUGAAGGAAGAGACCCAAGAGCUCCCAGAAUCAGUUGACAACGAAGACAAAGACAACUCAAAUAAAGGGGACAAGAAGAAGAAGAAAAAAGUGGUGAAAGUGAAAAAGAACAGGAUAAACUCUGAGAAGAUGCCAGGAGCAUACUCCCAGCCAGUUGACCUCUCCGCGACCUUUGAUCUUUACCGAAAAGCCAUUUUGGCUCUGAAAGAGCGACAGAAUCAGGGCCAGUGAGAGGAGAGGGCUGAGAGAGAGUCCUAGGUCCAGUGUGUGACGACGCAGUCUGCUAUCCUGGCAAGGGCAGCACUCCAGUGAUUUCUAAACACGCUGAGACACCUUAGUGACUCACCCCCAGCCUCUUCCCUGCAAACCACCCAGACAGCUACCUGACUGACUGAUUGACAGAGGGAGACAUGCCCUGCCUGCAAAUCCUCCACAACCUCUUUUUCCAUUCUGUUACCUCACAUUUCUAACGUAUGGAUUACAACUGGAGUAUUCAACGGCUUUUGAAGGACAAUUUCAAAAUACUUGAUGGAUGUUUUUCUUCGCUGCUACUGUGCAGGAACUGCAAAUCCACAAUGCACCCCCUGAGAAAUGUGUGUUUAUUUUAUCUUACCAAAAAUAUGUUACAUGAAAUAUUUAUUUAUUAGUGGUUACUUAAUUAUCUGCAGUAUAAGUAAACAGUUGUUUACAAACAUGAUGAAUGUACUGGCCAAAAUAUUUUAAUCCCUCAUAAAUAUGAAUAGAGUUGAUCUGUGUAUAUUGUAAUUUUGAUGGAAAAAGUGACAUGCUUUUGUAAUGUUCGUUUUCUUUUUAUAUGACUGUUCGACAAAUGUCUCACAGACCCUGUUUUUCAACAACACAAAAUGGUCAGUGAAAGGAAAAUAGAAUUUUAAGAGAACACCACCAGGUCAAUUUUGAAGAAAGAACAAAUACAAAAUUGAAAUGUACAAUAAACAAUCACGUGCUUCCUUUUACAAUGUACCAUAUGCCUUGAAGUGUGCUCGUGUUUGUUCACCUUGAAGAUGAUAAUGCUCUGUUGCUUGACCCAGAUUCAAAACAGUCCAAACAAUAGGUCAAGCGCCAAACUAAUAGUCAGCCAUAUGUAACCAUGUUUCCUAUUUCAUUCGGUAUUAGCUAUUAUUUACUUAUGCAUGCUGGAAAAAAAACUCUGAUAAAAAAAGGUUUUCUUGUGUUCAAAUAAUAUCCAUUCGUAAUUGUUGUAAUCAUAUUACAUAUAAGCUGAUAAUAUAUAUUGGUAUGGGCUUCAUAAUU